CUGGAACAGAUAUAUUAUCAGUCACUCAUAUUUAUUUUUCCAGCGAAGAAAGAGCGUGAAAUUGCAAAAGAAAAAGAGCUUUCGGAACGAGAGAAACGACUCAUUGAAAAGAAUGUUCAACCGGAAUCACAAGCGGAUUUCGAUCGACUUUUAACCGGAAGUCCGAAUUCAUCAGAACUCUGGAUACGUUACAUAUCGUUCUUCGUGAGCCAAAAAGAUAUCGAGAAAGCAAGAGCCAUUGCGGAGAGAGCGCUGAGUGUUAUCAACUAUCGUGAAGAAGAAGAGAUUUUCAAUGUUUGGACGGCCUAUCUGAAUUUAGAGUUGUCGUUUGGUAAUGCUGAUUCGUUGAAGUCUGUUUUUGAUCGGGCGAUCACCAACUCAGACGCAUUAAAAAUGUACAAACAGAUGGUACGAAUCUAUCAAAACGUUCACAAAGAUGAGGAAGUGGACAAUUUAUUGGAGGAAAUGUUGAAGAAGUUCCGACAUGACGACUUGGAUGUGUGGUUCGUGUAUGGGCAACAUUUGAUGCAAACGAAGCGGUUUGAUAAAGCCAGAGACUUACUGAAAAGAGCUACUAAAUCUCUACCGCAAAAGCAUCAUGUGAAUGUGAUAAAUCGAUUCGCACAAAUGGAAUAUAAAUACGGAGAUAGUGAACAAGGGAAGACGCUCUUUGAGAGUAUUCUCAGUGCGUAUCCGCGUAAAGUUGAUGUUUGGUCGGUUUAUCUUGAUAUGCUGAUCAAGAAUGAUAAGAUUAGUGAAGCGAGGCAAGUUUUCGAUCGUGUCACUUCACUGAAAUUGGGAACUCAUAAAAUGAGGGUAUUCUUCAAGAAAUGGAUCGACAUGGAACAGAAGUUCGGAAGUGAAGAGCAGCAGAAACUGAACAGGAACGAUUUGAAUUCGGUGAACGCAAUUCAUAGAGGAAUGGUCGAGAUGGGUCAUGACUUCACAUUUCGCCUAAUUGGUAUGAAGGCUAUGGAAUCGCUAAGAUUGAAUGGUAUACCUUUGAGGGCACCCUAA